AUGGAAGUCUGCAGACAUCUUGCUCAAAUUUGCAAUUGUUGUGCAGCUCAUGAGUCAAAGAGAGUAACAAACGAGGUAGAUUUGGUGGCAACAUCUUAUGUUCUGUGGAUCCUCCGGAGAAACCGCGUCCCUCGGUCCCGAGGGCUGGGAUCCGGUGCGGCCGGCCGCCCCAAAGACACUGGGCCCCUCGGGCGCGGCGGCGGGGGCGUGGCCCUCCAGCCGCGGCCGGGGCCGGGGUCUCGCCUCCGCCUCCCGCCGAGGAAGGCUGGCGCCGCCGCCGCCUCUUCCUUCCGGUUUUCCCUUGCGCCCUCCUUCGGUCGGUCCGUCCUGCGCGGAAAGCACCGUCCUCUGCGGGCGCCGCCGCACGCUCCUCAGGGCCCGACCACCGCCAGACUCCUCCCCCGGGAGCCGCGCCGCCCGCCCUCCCCGCCUCGUCAGCCCCGGGGCCGCGAGACGCCCGGCUCGCCGCUCCCGCCCCGCCCCUGUGGCGCGCUCUCGCCCCCUUCGCGGGCCCCUGGCGCGGCCCGGGAACGCGCGGGCUGGGGACUGUGGGCCGGCCCUCGCCAGGUUUUCGUUCCCGCCGCUCGCGCGCGCCUAGCGACCCAAGCGGCAGUUUUGCAGUUUCCCGGGUUCUCGAGGCGCCCCCGCCUUUUUUCCUUUGCCGGAUCCCACCGGAAAACCAAAACAAUUGGGUCCGCGCAGGCGCGAAAAAGGAAGCGGAAAGAGCAGGAAGGGCGGGGGCGGCGUGAGGUGCCGGGGAAGCGCUUUUGA